AGAAGGCGACUGCGUCGACGUCUGAUUAGAGUCGCGGCGUUUCACUUCCACCAGAGCGCUUUUCCUCCGGCGCUCAGGAACCUACCCUGUGCUUCUCGACUGUGGGGCCUGGAGGGAGGCGCAUUGAGCCGACUCGAGAGCUAUCUGGGGCGCCCAAGCGUUCCGUUCGUUACCCGCUCAGCGCCAUGUCCUGGAUGUUCAAGAGAGAUCCUGUUUGGAAGUACUUGCAGACUGUCCAAUACGGAGCCCAUGGAAAUUUUCCACGCCUCUCAUAUCCAACUUUCUUUCCCCGUUUUGAAUUCCAAGAUAUUAUACCUCCAGACGACUUCCUAACUAGUGAUGAAGAGCUAGAUUCAGUUUUAUUUGGAACUUUGAGAGGUCAUGUAGUUGGACUACGCUAUUACACAGGAGUAGUUAAUAAUAAUGAAAUGGUUGCGUUACAACGAGAGCCCAAUAACCCCUAUGAUAAGAACGCAAUUAAAGUAAACAAUGUGAAUGGAAAUCAGGUUGGCCAUUUAAAGAAAGAUCUUGCAGCUGCUUUGGCCUAUAUCAUGGACAACAAAUUGGCACAGAUUGAAGGGGUCGUUCCUUUUGGUGCAAACAAUGCUUUUACCAUGCCUCUCCAUAUGACUUUUUGGGGAAAAGAAGAAAACAGAAAAGCGGUUUUAGAUCAGUUGAAGAAACAUGGAUUUAAAUUGGGUCCUGCACCAAAAACUUUAGGAUUCAGUUUAGAAAGUAGUUGGGGCUCUGGAAGAGCUGGACCAAGCUAUAGUAUGCCAGUUCAUGCUGCAGUACAGAUGACAACUGAGCAGCUUAAAACAGAAUUUGACAAAUUGUUUGAAGAUUUAAAAGAAGAUGAUAAAACUCAUGAAAUGGAACCAGCUGAGGCUGUUGAAACACCAUUGCUUCCACAUCAAAAACAAGCUCUAGCUUGGAUGGUUUCACGGGAAAACAGUAAAGACCUUCCACCAUUUUGGGAACAGCGAAGUGACUUAUACUAUAACACAAUAACAAAUUUUUCUGAGAAGGAGCGACCAGAAAAUGUCCAUGGAGGAAUUUUAGCUGAUGAUAUGGGUUUGGGCAAAACUCUGACAGCCAUUGCAGUAAUUCUUACCAACUUCCAUGAUGGCAAACCUCUUCCUGUUGAAAGAAUUAAAAAAAGUCAACUGAAGAAGGAGUGUAAUGUUAACGAUCAAUCUAUGAAACUUGGAGGAAACAAUACCAGUGAAAAGGCAGAUGGACCAAUCAAAGGAUCUAGAUGUAGUGGAGAACCCAGUAUUUCAGAUGUCAAGGGAAAGAAUAAAUAUCCCAAGUCAGAAUUGUCUAGCUCUCGCCCCAAAAGAAGGAAAACUGCAGUCCAGUACAAUGAAAGCAGUGAUUCAGAGGAAAAUGAAGCAAGUGAAUUGCCACAGAAAAUGAAAGGCAAACUGAAAAAUGCACAGUCUGAGACUAAAAGAGUAAAAGCAGGAUCCUCUAAGGUUAAAGAAGAUGCAGAGUUUGCAUGUGCACUUAUUUCAUCUACCCCUACAACAAAAAGGAGAAUGUUGAAAAAGGGAGCAUCUGCAGUGGAGGGUUCAAAGAAAAGUGAUGUUGAAGAGAGACCAAGAACAACACUGAUCAUCUGCCCGCUUUCGGUGUUAAGCAACUGGAUUGACCAGUUUGGACAACAUAUAAAAUCAGAUGUGCACUUGAAUUUUUAUGUUUAUUAUGGUCCUGAUCGUAUAAGAGACCCAGCCUUGCUUUCAAAACAGGAUAUUGUUUUGACUACAUACAACAUUUUAACUCAUGACUAUGGAACUAAAGGUGAUAGUCCAUUACAUAGCAUAAGGUGGCUAAGAGUGAUCCUGGAUGAAGGACAUGCCAUCCGAAAUCCAAAUGCUCAGCAGACAAAAGCUGUACUUGAUUUAGAAGCGGAAAGAAGAUGGGUGUUAACAGGUACUCCGAUUCAAAAUUCUUUAAAGGACUUGUGGUCUCUUCUUUCCUUUUUAAAACUUAAACCAUUUCUUGAUAGAGAAUGGUGGCAUAGAACAAUACAGCGUCCUGUCACAAUGGGAGAUGAAGGAGGACUUAGGCGUUUACAAUCCCUUAUUAAAAAUAUUACCCUAAGAAGAACAAAGACAAGCAAAAUUAAAGGAAAACCUGUUUUAGAGUUACCAGAACGUAAAGUAUUUAUUCAGCAUAUUACACUUUCAGAUGAAGAGAGAAAAAUUUAUCAGUCUGUGAAAAAUGAAGGCAGAGCUACUAUUGGAAGGUAUUUUAAUGAAGGGACUGUCCUUGCGCACUAUGCAGAUGUCCUGGGUCUUUUGCUUAGAUUGCGGCAGAUUUGUUGUCAUACUCACCUUCUUACAAACGCAGUGUCUUCCAGUGGUCCCUCAGGAAAUGAUACACCUGAAGAACUACGAAAGAAGUUAAUAAGGAAGAUGAAGUUAAUUCUGAGCUCUGGUUCUGAUGAAGAAUGUGCAAUUUGCUUGGAUUCUUUAACAGUUCCUGUCAUAACACAUUGUGCACAUGUCUUUUGUAAACCCUGUAUUUGCCAAGUCAUUCAGAAUGAGCAGCCACAUGCUAAAUGUCCUUUAUGCAGAAAUGAUAUACAUGGAGACAAUUUAUUAGAAUGUCCUCCAGAAGAAUUGGCGUGUGAUACUGAGAAAAAGUCUACUAUGGAAUGGACAUCCAGUUCAAAGAUUAAUGCUCUAAUGCAUGCACUGAUUGACUUAAGAAAGAAGAACCCCAACAUAAAAAGUUUAGUUGUUUCUCAGUUUACAACAUUCCUGUCUUUAAUAGAAACACCACUCAGAGCCUCUGGAUUUGUAUUUACUCGUUUGGAUGGUUCCAUGGCACAGAAGAAAAGAGUUGAAUCAAUUCAGUGUUUUCAAAACACUGAAGCAGGAUCUCCAACUAUAAUGCUUCUCUCCUUAAAAGCAGGUGGAGUUGGUUUGAAUCUUUCCGCAGCUUCUCGAGUGUUCUUAAUGGAUCCAGCCUGGAAUCCAGCUGCUGAAGAUCAGUGCUUUGACAGAUGCCAUAGACUUGGCCAGAAGCAAGAAGUUAUCAUCACAAAAUUCAUUGUGAAGGAUUCUGUUGAAGAAAAUAUGCUGAAAAUACAAAACACAAAGAGAGAACUUGCUGCUGGAGCCUUUGGAACUAAAAAAACAAAUGCUAAUGAAAUGAAACAAGCUAAAAUUAAUGAAAUCAGAACUUUAAUUGAUUUAUAAUUUGUGGGAUUUGGUAAGAAGACUACUAUAUGUGAGAGGCGUGAUAUCUGGAUGGAAGUUGGGCUGGAUGACCUCCAAAAUCGUUUCAACUCUUAAAGACAUCUUAAUCCUGAAUGGAAAAAUUUCUUUGUUAUUGUGUUUAGAAUCAGACAUUGAUUUUGGAACUUCAGUAAUUCACCCUACAUUUAUCUAUAAAAUUAGUCCUCUUUUUCUUACUUUUUGGUUAAUAAUCAGAC